UCUAAAUCUAACAAUCUAACCUCACGUUCAACUUUGAAAAUCAUUAAAAAAUUAUUUUGCACGUGUUUGUUUGUAACAAACAUUUUGUAUGAAAUAAAUAAAGUAUGCCCUUUGGGAAGUGGGCAAAGAUUGGAGUUGGCUGGUCUAUAGUUGUAGUUGCUGGUAUAUAUUCCUUUUAUCUUGCUAAAACAAGUGUAGAAAGCAGGCGAUAUGAGAAUAUGAAAAUUAGAGAACGUAUGCGUGAAUCAAACGUGGGAGAAUAUACGCCAAGUUACAGAAAGUUUUCUACUGUUAAAACCAGUGAAUCUUAA